GGAAAAGUGUCUAUGGAAUCGAGUUCAUAGGCACAAGCUGAUGAGAUUUUGUGUUUAUUUCGUGUUAGAUUGAACUUGUUUAUUAUAAAAUUGAAUGUUAAAACCUAGCAAUAUUUGGUCUUUAUGAGAAUAAAUGGUGACAGACAGACUUGGUUGAUGAUUUUCAUUAAAACUCAUUCAGCUUUCUAGGGUUAGAUAUGAAUUAGGUGAUCUUUGAAAAUUGAAUCAUGCUCACAUUUCUUAGAUCAGAUUGUAGUUUUCUUCACUUUGUCAUCUGUUUAAUAUAUUAUGAUAUUUUUUAUAAAAUUGCAAAACAAGAAGCAGGAAAGAGUCGAUGGAAUCAAUUAUUUCUCAGUUGUUUAAUACUGAUUUAGAUUCUUAUUAGAUACUUAUUUACUUAUUUAUUUAUUUCAUUAAUAUAAUCAUAAAUAUAUCUUAUAUUGUACAUAUUUGUUGAUAGGUUAUUACAAAUAAAAUGGCUGACAAUAUGCAGAGAGCAAAUUGGAAAGAUCCCAAACUUUUAAAAUUAUAUUUUGAUGCUUGUAUUGAAGAAGAUAGGAGCGGAAAUAAAAAUGGAAAUGUUUUUAAGAAACGUUACUGGGAUAUAAUUAGCAAUAGUAUUAAGGAGAAAAAAGGACUUAUAUUGAGUCAAAAACAGUUAAAAAAUCAAUGGGAUUACUUGAAAAAAAAGUAUGGCAUUUGGGAGAAAAUAAUUAAUAAAACUGGAAAUGGAUAUGAUCCAAUUACAAAUACCGUUGGCUGGACUUCUGAAGAGUGGGAAGAAUAUAUUAAGGUUCAUCCUGAUGCCAAACAAUUCAGAUAUGUUGGACUACAAUAUGCAGAUGAGAUGAAUGCAUUAUUUGAUGGUAUUGGAGCUACUGGAAAAGAUGCUUGGGGUCCUUCUAUGGAGGGACAACCAUCAUGUCCUCCAAAGAACACCACAAUCGUUGAUGUUGAUUUGGAUAUAGAAAUACCUAGUAGUUCUGUAUCUCCCGCUAACAUCGAACUUUCAAAACAUAAACGACGGAGGACAAACAAAGAAGAAAUUAUUGAUGAUCAUAUAUUAGAAGUUCUUAAGAAUUUAAAAGAGUCGGAUCAACCGAAUUUAGAAGAAUGCUUGAAAGUUCUUGAUGACAUGUUUGAUGUGAAUGAUCCCUUAUACUCUAUUGCGGGUGCAAUUUUUUGUGAUAAUAAAGCAAAUAGAGAAUGGUGGAUGCUCCUUAGUAAGAAAACAUUUGAAGCUAGAAAACAAUGGCUUCUUGUGGUAGGAAAGAAGAUGGGUUUAAUAUAAAAUUUAUAUUGGAUAAAU